UUCUCUACAGCACCGCCUACUCGUACUUAAGGUUACAUAUAGAAACAUAACUAUAGAUAGACUGUAAAACUACACGUGUGUGCACAUAACGUUAGAUUUAAUGCCAGGGUUUGCAUUGUAGGCCAACGUCUGCUUUGUUCACGUUAGAUAGUCACCGUAUAAAAAUGGGACGUAAAGUGACUCUUGCCACUUGCUCGUUGAAUCAGUGGGCUCUGGACUUUGACGGAAACUUGGAGAGAAUACUGAAGAGUAUUGAGAUUGCAAAGGCAAAUGGAGCCAAAUACCGACUGGGCCCUGAGCUGGAGAUCAGUGGGUACGGCUGUGCAGAUCACUUCUAUGAGUCGGACACUCUACUCCACAGCUUUGAGGUCCUGAGGAAGCUUCUGGAAUCUCCCAUCACCCAGGACAUCAUCUGUGAUGUGGGAAUGCCCAUAAUGCAUCACAAUGUCCGCUACAACUGUCGGGUUCUGUUCCUUAACAGAAAGAUUCUACUGAUCAGACCUAAGAUGCUGAUGGCCAACCAUGGGAUUUACAGAGAGAUGCGCUGGUUCUCACCUUGGAAUCAGUUAAGGAAAGUAGAGGAGUAUUUCCUGCCCCGAAUGAUCCAGGAGGUAACAGGACAGGAUACAGUCCCAUUUGGUGACUGUGUGCUCUCCACAAAGGACACCUGCAUUGGCACUGAAAUCUGCGCAGAGCUAUGGAACCCCAGAAGCCCUCAUAUUCAGAUGGGUCUUGAUGGGGUUGAAAUCUUUACUAACUCCUCUGCCAGCCACCAUGAGCUCCGCAAAGCUGACCAAAGAGUCAACCUGAUCAAGUCAGCCACCACCAAGAGUGGAGGUAUCUACCUGUAUGCCAAUCAGAGGGGCUGUGAUGGAGAUCGGCUCUAUUACGAUGGUUGUGCUAUGGUGGCCAUAAACGGGGACAUAGUGGCACAGGGAGCACAGUUCUCCCUAAAUGAUGUGGAGGUGAUUACAGCUACUCUUGACCUUGAGGAUGUGCGUAGUUACAGAGGAGAAAUGUGCCAGCCAAACAUGGAAAGUGAACACAAACCUUGCCACAGGGUGAAAGUUGACUUCUCUUUAUCCACUUGUGACGAUAUCUACCUCCCUACCCACCAACCAAUCACAUGGCACUUCCACACACCAGAGGAAGAGAUCAGUCUUGGACCUGCCUGCUGGUUGUGGGACUACCUGAGGAGAAGUGGACAGGCUGGUUUUCUGUUGCCUCUGAGUGGAGGCGUGGACAGUUCCUCCACCGCCUGUAUUGUUCACUCUAUGUGUGUGCUGCUUUGCCAGGCUGUAGAGGAUGGCAACAGUCAGGUACUGCAGGACGUUCGUCGGGUGGUCGGGGAUGAGUCCUACCGCCCUCAGCACCCAAAGGAGCUGUGUGGUCGUGUCUUCACCACCUGCUACAUGGCCAGUGAAAACUCCUCAGUCGACACCUGCAACCGGGCCAAAGACCUGGCCAAUCAGAUCGGCAGCUCACACAUGAACAUUAACAUAGACAUGGCAGUGAAAGGCAUUCUGGGUAUCUUCUCAGUGGUUACUGGGAAGUUGCCUCAGUUUCGCGCCAACGGAGGAAGUCACAGAGAAAACCUGGCUCUGCAGAACGUGCAGGCUCGGGUCAGGAUGGUCCUGGCCUACCUGUUUGCCCAGCUGAGUCUGUGGGCCAGAGGAAAACCAGGAGGCUUGCUGGUGCUGGGCUCAGCCAACGUAGAUGAGAGUCUUACAGGGUAUUUCACCAAGUACGACUGCUCCAGUGCUGACAUCAACCCGAUAGGAGGCAUCAGCAAGACUGACCUGAAGAGCUUCCUGCUUUACUGUGUGGAGCAGUUCCAGCUCACUGCUCUGAAAGGCAUCCUGGCCGCUCCGCCUACAGCUGAACUGGAGCCGCUGACAGAUGGACAGGUGUCACAGACAGAUGAGGCAGACAUGGGAAUGACCUACUCCGAGUUAUCAGUGUUUGGACGACUGAGGAAGAUUUCCAAAUGUGGCCCCUUCAGUAUGUUCUGCAAACUCAUCCACAUGUGGAAGGAUGCGCUCUCUCCUACGGAGGUGGCGCAGAAGGUGAAGCGUUUCUUCGUGAUGUACUCGGUGAAUCGCCACAAGAUGACCACAGUGACGCCGGCCUACCACGCCGAGAGCUACAGCCCUGACGACAACCGCUUCGACCUCCGACCCUUCCUCUACAACGCACGAUGGACUUGGCAGUUCAGGAGCAUUGACAACCAGGUGUCCCAGAUGGCAAAAAACAACCCAAAGCAAUAAGAGCAUGAGGAGUCCAGAAUCCAGAGAAACCCAUAAGAACUGUGGCUGUAACCAUCAGAUAAUACUUGAUAGUUUUGAUUGGUCAAACAGUGUAACCAAGGCAAGAACCAUUUUUCUGGGACUGUAUGGAACCUUUGUUCUACCUCAGUAAAGCCAUAGAUAUUAAUUGAUUUAGCAUAUUUUGAGAAAUACAGAGUGACAAACUUUUGUCACAAUUUCAGUGGAUUAUAUAUGUGAGGUUACUAAGCAUAUUUAUACAUUUGCUGAAACUGAAACACGUUCAGCUCUGUAGGACAUACAUGUGAUUCAUUUUGAUUGUUUGAAGUUUGGAAUUUUAAAAUGUAUAUAAAUGUAUGUUUGUUGUAAUAGCCCACUUUAAACAAUCUUUAAUACAUUUUAUGCAUCAACUGAGUGAUCCUAGAUAGUCUGAGAUUUUAUACAAAUCCAUGUAUGAAUAUAAAAUGUUCGCAUUUGUGGUUAAUGAGUAACAGAAUAUCUAAAGAGCAAAGCUCACACCUCGUAUCUGAACACGGACACCAAGUUUGGUUGUAAUCACUUAAGCCAAUUUUGGUUUAAUGAGUAUUAAAGUAAAAUCGAACUUACUAUUAGAGGUUUAAAGACAUGUAAUCUCAAAACGGUACGGAAUAUCAAUAAUCUGAAAAAGUGCGAGUUGUCCGAGUAGGGGAUGGGAUUUCCAACCUAUCUGUAAACUGUAGCUGUUUUGUUUUCUGAGACCCACAUACUACCUGUAUCCUAGCAAAGAUUAAACGUGUCCCAGCUCUGUAUGAAAGUGUGUGUGACAGAAAAUGGACAGUUCAAAUAUGCUUCUGAUAUGAAGGUUUCAGUGUUUGAAACCCUCACAUGACUUAUCAUUCAAUUACCUCCAUCAGGUGGAGGAUUUCUUCCUGGAACUAUCCUCAGUAAGGGUGCUCAGUUUAGUACAACUGUGCCAGAUUAGAUUAAGACUGUGAAAUAGCCUUUAUUCCAAUCACAGGAGCACACAGACUGUUGGAUCACACAGGCUAUGCGCUGUAUGGAGUUAAAUGUCAUUAGGUGGUGAGACACCCUGUAUGGGAUGGGAAGGGCUCUAUAAAUAAACUGAUUCCACAUGA